CUGUACAAUAAUAAUUCAAUCUCAUAGUUUUUCACAUUAGAUUUAUAUUAAGAUAUUUUACAACUCCAACCUCCUCCUCUUCCUCCUUAUUCUUCUGAAUUUCAGUUUAAUGCCUUUUACAUUCCCAUUUGUUUUGAGAAAAUAUCUUUUGGAUAUAAACAUGAGUAACUUUUUAGUUUCAUUCCCAUUAAGCUGUAGAUGAUUUCUUGAUAUUUUGUGUAUAACAUUUCGAGUAAUUCUGCUCACCAAAGCUUAGACGGGAAGAAAUAAAUUAGUGGUUUUUGUCUUUGUUGGAAAUUGUUGAUAUAAAAUACUUUGUUCAGCCAUGACUGUUGCUGAUUCAAGCAGAAUUUCAAGUCCAACUAGGCUUGAGGGGAAAUAUAGUGGAAUGGUGGUAUGUUGGAUUCUUGGACUUGGGUCACUUGUUGCUUGGAAUAGUAUGCUUACAAUUGGAGAUUACUAUUAUGCAAUUUUUCCAAAAUACCAUCCUUCAAGGGUUCUUACCCUCGUUUAUCAGCCGUUUGCGCUUGCAACAAUGGCAAUUCUUGCAUAUAAUGAGGCAAGAAUUGAUACAAGAAAGCGCAACCUAGCUGGAUUUACUCUUUUCUUCUUAACCACAUUCGCGCUCCUAGUGUUGGAUUUGACCACAUCAGGAAAGGGUGGUCUUGGAAAUUAUAUCGGUUUAUGUGCUAUAGUCGCUGCUUUUGGAGUUGCAGAUGCUUUUGUUGAAGGUGGGAUGGUAGGAGAUUUAUCCUUCAUGUGCCCUGAAUUCAUCCAAUCGUACUUAGCUGGUUUGGCUGCCUCUGGGGCUCUCACCUCUGCUUUAAGGCUAGUGACUAAAGCAGCUUUUGAAAAGGCUAGUAACGGUCUUCGCAAAGGAGUUAUGUUAUUCCUGGCUAUCUCCACAUUCUUUGAAUUUCUAUGCAUUCUUCUGUAUGCAUUCAUCUUUCCUAAGCUACCAAUCGUUAAGUACUACCGCACAAAGGCAGCAGCAGAGGGAUCAAAAACGGUUGCAGCGGACUUAGCUGCAGCAGGCAUCCAGACUGAAGCAACCAAAAGAGCUGAUAAUAGUGCUAAACAAUUGGAGCGCCUGAGCAACAAACAAUUGUUUUUUCAGAACAUUGAUUACUUAUUGGAUUUGUUCUUGAUCUAUGUCCUGACUUUGUCAAUUUUUCCUGGAUUCUUGUACGAGAAUACUGGUACCCACAAAUUAGGCUCAUGGUACGCUUUAGUCCUAAUAGCAGUCUACAACAUGUUCGAUCUGAUAGCAAGAUAUAUUCCACUAAUCGAGAGAAUCAAGUUGAAAUCACGAAAGGGCCUAAUGAUCGCAACACUAUCUCGUUUCUUGUUCAUUCCUUGUUUUUACUUCACUGCAAAGUAUGGUGAUCAGGGCUGGAUGAUAAUGCUCGUAUCCGUCCUAGGAUUGACCAACGGUUAUCUCACUGUUUGUGUCCUCACAGUUGCUCCUCAGGGAUACAAGGGGCCUGAGCAAAAUGCAUUGGGCAACUUGCUGGUGUUAUGCCUACUGGCUGGAAUAUUGUGUGGUGUUGCACUGGAUUGGUUAUGGAUUAUUGGUAAUGGCACAUUUUAAAAGACCAGAUUCUUAAAAUUUGAUAGAAUCAUAUGGCUAGCUGCAUCUUGGUAUGUAUAUAGAUAUUGAUAACAACGUCAUACACAGUAGGUGUGGGUUCAAUUCUCACGCUCUGCUCUUCCCCCUUUCGCUUCCCUAAUCCCCUAUAUAAUAGAUUUUUUUUUUCAACAAAAAAGAUUAUGAGGUCA